CUGGAUUCUGGUAAAUUGACCGCCAGAUGGUGUUGCCGCCGUCUGAUUGAGUUCCUCCCGCUGCCGCUUUCUUUAAACUGAAAAAGGCCAUUGCUUUGCAGUUUACAGUAACAGAGAGUGUUCGCAGGUUAGUGAUAAAUUUGGUUUUAGCGUACGGGGUUGUUGUUUUCUCUUCCUCGAGCCCCAUUAUGAUUUGGGAUUUUGCGCUUCUAAUUCAGUUCCUCAAAUGCGGCGGACGUUGAUGUCGUUUCCCCGCCGUCUGCUGGCAUCGACGCAGUAUUCCCGCAGAUAUCCGGAUGAGUUCUUGAACAAAUUCAACUCUAGGUGCGUUGGUAUCAGGGCCUUACAUUCUCUGGUCAAUCUGAAUUCUUCCUCCUCUCCCACAAUCAAGGACUUGGUUGGGCAAGGGUUCCAUGUACAAGCAUUGCAGUUGUAUGCUCGCCAUACUCCUGCUGUCAUUUCCAAGUACACCUUUCCUUCUCUUCUCAAAGCUUGUGCUUCCCUUGCAAACCUUAAGUACGCAAGGACGAUUCAAGCGACGAUCACUGCCAUGGGUUUGUGCCGUGAUCCAUUCAUUACUACUUCACUAAUAAACAUGUAUGUGAAAUGCGGGUCACUGCUGGAUGCAGUUCAGGUGUUCGAUAAAUUGCCGGAAAGGGAACUUUUGGCGGGAGAUUCCUCGAUUUGGAACUCGAUAGCUGAUGGGUAUUUUCGUUUUGGUCGUGUUGAGGAGGGUGUUUCUCACUUUCGUCGAAUGCAAUCGUCCGGGAUUCGGCCUGAUGCCUACUCAUUGUGCAUUGUAGUUGGGUAUUUGGGAUAUGAAGAAGGGAGACAGAUUCAUGCCUAUGUUGUUCGAAACUUGCUUGGUAGCGAUCCUUUCUUAGAGAGUUCGCUAUUGGACAUGUAUUUUAGGUGUGCUAGGCCGAUGACUUCCUGUCGUAUGUUCCAAGCGCUAGAGAACAGGAGGAGAAAUGUUGUGUCAUGGAAUGUGAUGUUGGGAGGGCUUGCUGAGAAUGGUUUGUGGGAAAGUAGCUUAGAGUUGUAUAUGCUGGCCAAGAGUGAGGAAAUGGAACUCGUUUCGGCAUCCUUCACCAACAUCUUGGGUGCUUGUGGUCAGGGCGAGUGUGUAAGUUUUGGUGAACAGGUUCAUUCUGAUGUUGUUAAGAUGGGUUUUGCGAGUAACCAUUAUGUUUGUACCUCUCUUUUGACCAUGUAUGCCAAGUGCAAAUUUAUAGAAGGUGCAGAGAGAGUGUUUGAGCAAGUUAGUAACAAGGGAAUUGAACUUUGGAACGCAAUGAUCUCAGCUUAUGCCAGCAGUGGUUCUAUUUAUGGUGCUUUAGACACCUACAGGCAAAUGAAGAUUCACCAUAUCGUGCCCGAUUCUUUCACAAUGGCACAUGUUCUAUCUUGUUGCAACAUAGUUGAAGUGCUCGACUUUGGUAGGUUGAUCCAUGCGGAUUUAGUCAAAAGACCUAUAGAGAGAAAUAUUACCGUAGAAAGUGCAUUGCUUACGUUGUAUACUAAGGGUGGGCUGGACCAUGAAGCUAAGUUGGUUUUUAGUAGUAUGAAGGGUAGAGAUGUGAUUGCAUGGGGCUCCAUGAUCUCUGGUUUUAGCCAAAAUGAAAAAUUUGUUGAGGCUUUGGAUUGUUUCAGAGAUAUGAAGAAACAUGGAGUGAAACCGGAUUCUGAUAUCAUGGCAAGUGCAAUCAGUUCUUGUACAGGAUUGGAGAAUGUAAAUUUGGGCUCGUUGAUGCAUGGAUUUGUUACUAAGAGUGGGUUAGAAAGAGAUGUUUUUGUUGCAAGUGCCAUUUUGGAUAUGUACUCUAAAUGUGGCUUCCCUGAAAUGGCUGCGGAUGUGUUCUCUCACAUGCCAUUCAAAAACAUUGUUUCUUGGAAUUCGAUGAUGUCAUGUUAUAGCAGAAACGACCUGCCUGAGAGAUCCAUGGAAACAUUUUAUCGGUUUGUAGCGUAUGGAUUGGAUCCAGAUGCCCUCUCUAUCACUAAUGCGCUUGUUGCUGUUUCAUUACUUGCAGUUCUGGUCAAAGGGAAGGCUCUGCAUGCUUACCUCAUUAGGCAAGGAAUUCUAACUGACAUUCGUUUAGAGAACGCACUGGUUGACAUGUACAUCAAGUCUGGAUCUCUGAAAUAUGCCCAGAAUGUUUUCCAGAAAAUAUGUUGGAAAAACUUGGUGACGUAUAAUUCAAUGAUGGAUGGUUAUGGAUCGCAUGGUGAGUGCUGGAAAGCAAUGGCAUUAUUGGAUGAAAUGAGGAAUACUUCGAUCCAACCUGAUCAUAUCACCUUCAUUUCUCUACUUUCCUCUUGCAAUCAUUCAGGCUUGAUUAAGGAAGGCCUCAAUCUUCUCCAUUCAAUGAAAAUUGAGUAUAGGAUUGAACCUAGAGAAGAGCAUUAUGUGACCGUUGUUGAUAUGUUAGGUCGUGGAGGACAGCUAGAUGAUGCUUAUGCUCUAGUUAGAAGCAUGCCUAUUGAACCUAGCAAAAGCAUUUGGCUAUCACUAUUAAGUUCAUGUCGAGCUCAUCGUAAUGUGGAUCUUGGAGAAGUUGCAGCUACUGAGCUAUCAAAGAUUGAGCCAAGUAGAGGCAGCAAUUAUGCUCAGCUUCUGAAUAUUUAUGGAGAAGCUGAAUUGUGGGACAGUGCUGCAAAGUUAAGGGCAUUGAUGAAAGAAAAAGGGAUGAAAAAGAAGGGUGGAUGCAGCUGGAUUGAAGUGAGGAACAAAGUCGAUAUUUUCUACUCUGGAGAUUCGUCAUGUCCACUGACAUCUCAGAUAUAUGGGGCACUUGGUAACCUUAGGAGAAACAUGUUGAAAAAAGAAAGUUGCUUUGAUAUCAUUGAAGCCUUGUUAAGCUACUGAUCUGAAAGCAUCAGUAUUUUAUCAUACAUGCAGAAGCGGAGUUACCAGAAAAUGUUAUCGAUUUUGUUUCCUGGUGAACCUGUCAGAUGGUACCGGCAACCAGACCAACGUGAGUCAUUCUGACAUUCUGUGUUAUUUAGUGGUGUGCUAACGGCAUUUCCUGAUUACAUAAUUUUGGGGAAUAAGCAUAUGCAUUCAUAAUGUAUUAGGAAAAUUCUAGUCGUCCUGAUUCUUUCGGAAGCAAGGGUUUUUUCAAUAUUUGCCUUGCUAUAGUGGGUAAUGGUCACAUUCCCUGUUUAGUGAUUAAUCACCUAGCUGGCCAUUUAUGGAUAACCACGAAAGUAAGAAUUAAAGGACAUUUUAUUGGUCUUCUAUGAAGCAUGAUAUGUAUCUUUCUUCUGAAGGGUCAAUGAUUUGGUCUUGCCAUGCUACAGUUUAUUGUUCUUUUGGACUCCCAGACACAAGUCAUUUUUCAUCAAUGGACUUUUCUCCGGAAGAUGGGUGGCUUUCUUUGUUCUACUCUUGCUUAAGGGAAAAAGGUAGCAUUAUUUUUUAUUUUUGAAAUAGAAAGGUACAUUUCUGCUAGAUAUUGUCCUAGUGGUGUUUUUGUUUGUGUAUGUGCUUACAUGAUUUUCCAGUUGUUAUUUGUAUAUAUUAUCAGUGGCUUUUGUAUAUUUCCCUCUUCUUAUGCACUAACCUCUCUCCUUCUGCGAAUCAUCUAGUGCAACAAAGGAAGCGUUGUAGAAGCCAAAUUCCAAGAUCUUGAAAAGGAAAGCUGGAACAGUAAUCCUUCCGGUCAAUGGUUUAUCUGCCUACUGAAAAAUGAUUCUGCUCUUUUGGCCUGCAAAACUGAAUAUUAUCAACGAUCUCCCAGGGAAAUUUUAAUACCUGAUCCCUCUUUCUUCUUUAUUUAGUGUGCUUCAGACCAAUUAGUCUCUUUCAAGUUGACGUUUUUGUUGGUAUCUGGGUUGCAGCAGCGUUGGUUCUUGUCCCAACAAGGGAGCUUUGCCUACAAUUUCAAGAGAUUCUGCAGAAAUUACUGCAUCGCAUUCAUUGGAUUGUCCCUGGUUAUGUAAAUAUGACUUCGUUCUUAAAUAUGUCUUUGUUCUGGCUUUUGGUCUUAAUUAGUUAGUUGUAAAUAUGACUUGCUGUGCCACUUACAGACUCAUCUUAUUUUAGGUCUCUUUCGUGGUUUGCUGUUGGUUGCUACUACUAUAUAUUGUUUCAGAAGAAGUAUAAAUAGCCGUGAUGGUAUAUCAGGUAAACUACAGGUUAUACUUGGCUUUGUUUAUCCUUGUUUUAUCAGUAAGGGAUGUUUGGCAAUUUCCCUUCAAAUGACAAUUUCCCUUCGCCUUAGUACUUCGCUUAAUUUUCACUAGUACUGUAGUGCAUUCUUAAACUUUUGUCAGCAAAUUUCUAGUCAUGCCAUGUCUGUCAAUAUAUAUGAUCCAUUAAAUCAAGAGUGUUCUGAAUUUGAGGAAAGGAACUGGAACAAGUAAUACGAAUCGAAUUGCUUGCCAGUAUGUUGUACAAAGUCUUUGGAUCGUAGCUAGUACUUAUGGAUUCAAACAACGGACAUAGCUGCAAUUUAUUUCGUUAUUCGUCUUUCAAUGAGAAUACCCUCAUCAAGACUAAGUGCGGCAACUUGCACUCACAUGAGUUUGCCAGGUUACAUCCAAGCAGGGUUAUCACCAUAAGUUGGUUCCCUUAUCAUUAAAAAGCAAAAACGAUGAUUUGUUCUUUUGCAGCAGUUCAAGGACGGAAGGUCGUGUUGACUUCCAUGUGUAAUAGUUGUGUCUUAACUAGAAAUAUACAUAAGAAUAUAUGACUGUCUGAAAACUCAUGGUAGAACACUGAAACAGUGAUAAUUACGAAGCAAAGCAACUAUGGAUGCUUUGGCUUAUCUCUUCCUUCUUCUGUUACAAUAGCAAAGCAACUAGCCUGCACCUGCUUGGAUAGGCUGGGGGUAUGCUUAUGCUGCUGCCAGAAAUGAGGGAGAUCAUGCAAUGUCAUGCUUUGUCAUCAAGCGGAUAGUUUUUAAUGCUUCUUACAUUUCCAUGUAUAGGACAUUACAGCGGGGUGCUUGGGUGCAAUUAAUUUGACUAGCUUGCAUUAGUCUGCCUUUUUCAUUUGGUCACUUAUAGUGCAUUUUGUAACACUGUUCUCUCACAACCUUUGUACUUUUGGCUGGCGUUUUCAGCUUACAUAACAUAUUCGAACUUGUGACUGUUCCUAGGAUCUCAAAUUUUUUUAGCAUUCCAUUGCUGAUUCGAAUCUAUAUAUUGGUUUUUACAGGUUGAAUCUUAAAUUCUCUUGUUCCAUUUGGGUGUAAUUUGCCAACACUGUACCGUUGGGAUGGAGUACAUGCACGCGCACAGCUAUAAGCUUGCUGAGCAGGUAUAUUUCAGUUUUCAGAUACUUGGAAUUUUGAUUCUAGGAAGCUCUUUGUAAAAUAUGAAGUCUCUCAGCCUCAGGCUUGGUACUGAUAUGGAGUCUGGGUCUGGUGUGCUGAUGAUGGUAUUUGACUAGUCCUUUGUCUCGCCUUGUGUUGCAUUUGCAGGAUAAUUUUACAGCUGCAAUUACAUAUUAUCACAAGGUAAGGCGGCAGCACCCACAGCUUUCAUCUUGGAUGAAGACUGACCCUCUCAGUGACUGCUGAUUACUGUAGCUUAGUUUAUGAAUUCACUUCUGCUGUUUGGUUAUUUGGGCAGGCACCGAUUGUGGCUGAAACCGGAUGAUCAAUUCUACGCAGGGAUGUCGAGGACGAAGCUCAUUGUUAUACACACAGACCCGAAGUUCGAGUCCCGUCUGAGUAAGGUCUUUGUGUAACAUUGUUCAUGUUUUUGAGAAACCCAGAAACAAAAUCUCAUCAUAUAGGUAGGCCGUAGUGCAUGGGGCAUUGUUCAUGUUUUUCCUUCUUUUGCCUAGUGUAGUGUAACCAAUUUAGUUUUCUAAAUGUGACCAUUGGGCUGGAGGAUCCUGUGAAUUAGCUAGCUGCCUCUCGUUGGGAUGGGAACUAUUUUCUUGACCCUCAAAUUCUUACCUCUCUACUCUUUGCAAGUUUUGCUCAAAAAGUCUUGAGGAGAACAUACCAAUUUUUUCCACUCAACUUGGUAUUCUUCAUCCUUGCAGCGUUUAUGGUUCGUCUACCACUUCUAAGCUUGUGAGGUUGACCAAAGUCCCAAUUUCUCGGUCGUCUAGUGAAGGUUUCCCACCAACUCCAGAGCAUUACAAGGUCACCCAAAGUCUCGACUUCCCAACAUAGAUUCCGACCAAAAAUACUUCUGGGUGGGUUUUCUCCAAACCCGAUGGUUUUGGUGUGGUUUUGAUAUCUGCAUCGAAAUCAUAUAACGGUAUGUUAAACAUAUAUAAAACAUAUAUAUUCAAAACGUACUUGCUUCACAACUUUAUAUGCAUUGGCCAUAAUUAUCUCUUAAACUCCAAACUUUGAUCAUUCUUUCUCACUUUAACAAACAAUAUACUAAUGAAGUCUCAGUUCACCUCAAUAUCCCCUACAUAUAUCAACAACACAAACAUAGCUGAGGAGCAUUGCAAAUUACUGCUAUGCAGAACAACAACUGCGUCAUGUGCGUGUGAUCGGCCUACGAGAUUGAUUCGAGAACGAUAAACUUUAUCUAAACAUUUCUGAUCUCCAUUUCGGGAUGAGAUAGCAUGCCCACCCCUUAUUAAUUACCUUUAAAACCUAUAAUUAAUAAGGGUUUAACAAUGACACCCCUUAUUAAUUAUAGGUUUUAAAGGUAAUUAAUUUGUGUUACAUUUAAUAAUCUGUAUGAAUUAAAAACACAUAUUAAUUACUUUCCUUUUUUCAGUGCACUGGUAGUUGUAUCAGUGCAAUGGUAUUAGUGUACAUGUGCAAUGAUAGAUAUAUCAGUGCAAUGAUAGUUCCAAAAAAGGAACGUAAUUAAUAUGAGUUCAGUAUACAGGUGCAAUGGUAGUUAAAAAAUGAAUGUAAUUAAGAUGAGUUUUUAAUUUUCAAAGAUUAUUAAAUGCAACACGAAUUUAAUACAAAAAAUAACUAUAAUUAAUAUGGAUGUCAUUUUUCCAAAGAUUAUUACAUUUUUCUAACCGAUCCUCUCGAUUCUCAACCUAAACACCAUAUUAAAUCUUGAUCUUCUACUAAGCUCGAUCAUAUUAUUCUAAUCGGAGUUGUUUCAAUAUAGAAUUUCACACCUAAAAACUAAUAGAAAAUUAUUUGUUUCCAUAUGAGAAAUUUCCUUGUUUAGUUGAGGCUACGUUUACCAACACCACCUAAAAACUUAAAGAAGCAUUGAAUUUCAGUUGACUCGUCCAAUUAGUCCUACAACUUGUAGGCUACAAGUCAGUCUCUCUGACCACUAGGGAUCGACUCCGUGUGAGAAGUGGUCGGCCCCGGAAAAGAUGGGGCCAUGGUGGCGGUGGCGGUGGUGGUGGGGAAGAAACCGAUGAUGAAAGACAACUCUGUAUCUUUCCUUCCUACGUGUAGGAAAAAAGCGAAGAGAACAAAUGGAGUUGUUCCAAAGAUCAUCGAUCUCAAGGUUGGCCGAAAGUAAUUAGAGAUAAUCUCUUAUGGAGCCUCGUCGUUUCCGUUGGGGACUUCGAUUUCUGGUGGGUGGGAAUUACAAUGAAAUCGAUCAGCUCAACCAACAAAUUCCCUAUAUAUUCACUGUCUGUUAACUUUACAAAGUACGUACGGUGGCCGAUGUUUGUUGGCGGAAGAGCAUAUUUCGAUCAUUGGUGGUUGGUGCAUAUGUGGUUGUGUACAUCAUAUCAUUGAUGCACGAAACAAGAAUUAAUGCAGCUGGGAGGGACAAGCAACUCCUGUCUUGUAUAUAUGGCACACACAUAUAUUGUUGUACCUCAGAAAAAAGCAUAUAUAUAGUUUAUCUUAGUGUAUGUGUUUGGUGACACUGACUUUACGUAUGCUAAUCGAGUUUUGUUAGUUUGGAUCAUGAAUUACUCGGGAUUUGGGGCAUGGUAUCAUACUUUAACUUCUAAUAGGUGAACCGCAAUCGCGAAUUCUCUAACUCGAACCAUAAUGUUCAUUUAUUCUAAACGUAAUAACUAAUAAUCGACGAUUGUGAUUCGUCGAAAUAUAUUGAAGUACAUCGAACUGACGUAUAACGUACUAGUCUUUUGUCAUAUAUAUAACUCCAUCCAAUUCUAUAGGUAGUCGGGUUGCAGAUGAUAUUCAACUAUGUCUUGUCGUCAAUAAACUCGAUUCGGUUAGAAUAGCUAACACCUUCUGAUUAUAUUAACUAUACUUAGUUUGGAUCAUACUCAGUGAUUGAUGUUUGUGUCAAAGGUUGAUGUUUGUUUAUCUAUUUCGAGAAUAACCAUCCGGUAGAAAUUUAUUCAGGUUCCCAUUAAUAAGAAUGUUUGUGGACAAUCAUUUGUGGAUGCAUUUAGAGAUGUCAAUUUUGUUUGAUUUAGUUAACCAAACCAUAAGUAACCAAAAACCAAAUCAACAUAAUUCCCAAAAACCAAAAUCGUUCAGGGACUAAUAGGUUUUUGGUUAUAAAAAACCAUAGAUUUGGGAAGUCCAAAAACAGAGUCAGAAAACACAAAAAGAAGCAUGAAGACAGGAAACACAAAUAUAAAUUGGUGACAAAACUUGUUGUUGAUGAGUAUUUACUUAGGUUAGAGUGUUCCCGGUUUUUUAUUGGUUUUUUCGAUUUUACCCAAAAUCAAAAGUAUUAAAAUGUUAAACGAUUU